AAAACGCAGGUCUAGCCGAAAGUUUAUUAUUUUACAUAAUAAAUAAAUUGCGAUGGAGAAGAUUGUGUCGGCUAAAACUUGUCUUAGGCUGCUUCAGGCAAUGCCCGCAGCCUCGUCUGGUGGCCUGGGCGUUUUGGCUCCUCCUGUGCAAAACAUGCUUCAGCUGCAGCAGGUGCGUCACCGGCAGACCAAGCACUGGAAGCCGGAGUUCAAGCGUCUGCGUAAGAUGAAGUUCGUCAAAAUCGAUCUGCCCAAUCUGCGCGAGAAGCCGGAGGACAUCAGUAAGGAAGAGAUGCGGAGCCGGAUGAAGGAGCGCGGUGUGCUGCCGCCCCGUCCCUGGAUGGAGCGACCCUUCCACAUCAGCUGCACUGGCGGCAUUUUCGAGGCGUGUCCCCCCGAAGGUGAUGGAAAGAAGUCGCUUAUCUCUACAACCGGCGCCAAGCAGAAGCUGGAGUUCCUAGAAAAGAAAUCGAAAAGCCUGAUGGCCGUGCGCAAAAUCCGAUCAUACGAGGAGUCUUUCAGCACAGACGAUUUUGGAGCCGAGGCACAGGAGAUCUACAUCAAGGCGCACACGCACAUGGCGGCCAAGGAGAAGUACCAGAUUCGCGAAUUUGUCAGCGAGCGCUGUUAUCCAGAGAUGAUGCACAACGUCAAAGACAAGACGAUUCGUUGGAAGUUCCUGCAGUCGUUGGAGCCACCUCGUGUCGUGCACGCUCGUUGCACCGAAGUUAUCACCAAGGAGAAUCAGUUCGCCCAGGUCACCGUGCGCUUCCACAGCCAGCAGAUGCUGGCCAUCUACGAUCGCUUUGGCCGGCUGAUGCAUGGCAGCGAGAUCCUCACUAAGGAUGUGCUGGAGUACGUGGUUUUCGAGAAGCACAUCUCCAACGAGUACGGCAAGUGGAGGCUGCACGACAAGAUAAUUCCCGAUUGGCUGCCGGCCAAGCAGCCAGCGCCCAUCACCUAUCGCCUGAUCGAGGAUGCCGAGGUAGAGGCCCCCAAGGAGCUAAGUUCCGGCGAGGAGACCAAGCAACUGGAAGCGGGUAGUGAACAGCCAAAGGAGCAACUGCAGCUGGCCACCCCGGUGGAGAGUAGGGCGAAGCCGUCUGUGGCCAUAUGAUUGUACUUUUUGUGGGCCGCCUGGCGGCUCAGAAGAUUGCACAUUAAUGUUGUCUAAUAGUUUUUGAGUCGCCACUAGCUUAAAAUUAUAAUUUCUAAAAAUUA